AUGAGUGGUGGCCUGUCUCAGCAGCAGUACUGUUUUCCAGGCUCUAAUGCCUCGUGUGUUAUGGCACAGUUCAGUGUGGGGUCCAGAGUUGCUCUCUACUUGUUGUUUGCUUUAGGCAUGCUGGUGACCAUUGUGGGGAACUCUGUUGUCAUUGUGUCAGUGUGUCAUUUUAAGCAGCUGCAGAAUCCUACCAACAUGCUUGUUUUAUCUCUUGCUGUUGUGGACUUUCUUGUGGGUCUUGUUGUGAUGCCUUUCAGUGCCAUUCGGACUGUUCAUGGCUGCUGGUUCUACGGUGACACCUUCUGUCAGCUGCACUCCAGUUUGGAUGUGUUUCUCACCACUCUCUCUAUCUUCCACCUGAUUUGUAUUGCUGUAGACAGACACCAAGCCAUAUGCAAUCCUCUGCAUUAUUCUAGGAAAAUCACAAUGUCAGUGGCCUGGAUUAUGGUGUGUAUGAGCUGGGCGCUGGCUGCUCUCUACUCCUAUGGACUUCUUUACUCUGAGGCCAAUGUAGCAGGGUUAGAGGAUUAUUUGGCAUCAAUAAACUGCCUCGGCAGCUGUAACCUUCUCUUUAACCCACUCUGGGGGAUCCUGGACAGUGUCAUCUGCUUCUUCUUUCCCUGCACUGUAAUGGUUGGUCUGUACACUAAGAUAUUUAUUGUGGCUAAAGAGCAUGUAAGAAAGAUCGGAGACAUGAGCAACUGUUCAAAUGACAGAGGACGAGGUGGGUUGAUUAAACAGUCCGAGCACAAGGCUGCAAAGACUCUGGGUAUUGUGCUUGGUGCAUUCAUCUUUUGUUGGAUGCCCUUUUUUAUAGAUUCUAUAAUCGAUGCCUACACUGGCUUUAUCACACCUGCUGCCAUCUUUGAAGCAUUUGUGUGGCUGGGUUACUUCAAUUCAACCUUAAACCCAAUCAUCUAUGCCUUGUUUUAUCCCUGCUUCAGAAACAGCUUUUAUUGUAUCGCCACUCUGAAAAUAUUCCGCUCAAAUUCCUCAACCAUGAAUGUAUCUGCUAAAUGA